AUGAGUGACCGGCCAUUACUCGGUGGAGGCAACUUCAACGAUGGAAACUCCCAGAUAGACGCCGAGGGCCAGACUUUCUCGCCAUACAGGACCUUCCCACCCUCACCAUCUGAGAGCAGAGGGACUUCGGACAGUGCCAUCUCGACCCGGACGAGAGUCAACCCGAAAAUCGUAUCUGAUGCGAUCCUAGGCCUGUCAGACGGGCUGACCGUCCCCUUUGCUCUCAGCGCAGGUCUAUCUGCCCUUGGAAACACCAGGGUCGUGGUAGUGGGUGGCCUAGCUGAGCUCGUAGCUGGUGCUAUAUCCAUGGGCCUGGGCGGAUACGUCGGUGCCCGGAGUGAAGUCGAAGCAUACGAAGCUACGGUUCGCGAGACGAAACAUCUAGUCAGGGCCUCUCCAACAGAAACCGUGAACAUCAUCCGUGAAGUCUUCGCCCCCUUCAACCUGCCCGACGAACCAGUGACCCGUAUGAGCAACAUCCUGCACGACUCUCCUCAAAAGCUCCUUGACUUCCUCGUCACUUUUCACCACAAGGAGGCGAAGCCCAAUUGCAACCAGGCAUGGAUAUCUGCCGUCACCCUUGCACUCGGCUAUUUCAUUGGGGGGUUCAUCCCUCUCAUUCCUUAUUUUCUCGUUGACCACGUCUUGGUUGCUUUGUAUUAUAGUAUUGGCAUGAUGGGCGUUACGUUAUUGGUAUUUGGGUAUGUCAAGACCUGUGUCGUUCGUGGUUGGGCAGGUAAGGACAACAUUGUGGCCGGGAUCAAGGGAGGACUUCAGAUGGUCGUCGUUGGAGGCCUGGCUGCCGGUGCAUCAAUUGCUCUUGUUCGAGCUAUCAAUCCUUCCGGGAGCGGGCCAGAGUGA